CGGAGCUCUCAUGCUGUCUUUUUGUUGGGUGAGAGCAAUUUAGGUUACUGGGCCCUGAUAUCCUAUGGGCUCAAGAACCUGAAAUAAGAAAGCAAAAGGUCCAGUUCUUAUGAGCUUCAUCGGCUGAACACGCCGUUGUCCGGAAGCCGAUACAUCCAGCAAAGAGGAAGAACCAAAAAAUCGAACUUUUUCUACUUCGCUGCUGUCCUCGCCUUAGGCUACAUCCAGUGUGCUUUUUUGGCUUUUGUUUAUCGUUAUACCGGAGAGCGACUUUGAAUUUUGCAGUUCUUUACUAGUGCAGUGGAAGAGCAAGCAAUGAGCACGGACACGCAGAAAAAACCCGGAGCUCCUCAAGUUGUCAUAUUGAACAAGGCAUUGAAAUUGGCUGAACAAUGGGUUAAUAGCAUGAGUAAAGGUAUAGAGGAUGCAGCAACAGAAGUAGAACCGGAGGGCCGUCCUUCUGGACUUGGACUUGGUGCGAAAGUUAUCCGUCAAUCCAAAGUUGGACCCUUAAAUGAUCCAGUUGGAAGGAAGUUGCAUGCCAAGUUGGAAGCUGGAAAAAGAAAAGCUACCAAAAGUAUUGAAGAGUCUCUCCCAUCUACAAGAGGAGGAGGCAAUUGCAAUGACAAUGAUGAUGAAGACAGUGAUGGAGAAAUGGAAAGCAGAACCAGUGCAUUUACCAAGAAACGAGCAGGUCCUCUAACCUCAUCUUCACAGUUAAAAAAGAAAAAGAAGUAACUGUUUAACCUGAUCAAAGAUUGAAUGUUAUUACUCAUAAUUUCCACCGCUUGAAUUACUCAUUCCAUGUAAACUUGAUUGUUAUGUUUUUAGAUUUGUAUGCAUAAAGGAAUUUUGUUGGCCU